AUGGAAAUUUCCAAUUUGAAAAAUGAGGAGGAAAAUCCAGUUCCCAAAGAUAGUCGUAAAUUUUCUGAUCCUGAACCAGAAAUACAUCGUAUUGAUUCUGAACCAGUUGAUUCUGAUUCCAAUUCAGAAGUAGGUAAAUUUACUCCACGAAAUAGAAGACCUUUUACCGACCCUGAGACAAAGGAUGAACACAGUGAAUCAGAUUCGGAUUCCAAUUCAGAUAUUUGUAAAUCUAUAUAUGAUGAUGGAAAAGGUUUUAAUGACUCAGGGACAAAUGAUGAACACACUGAAUCAGAUUCUGACUCCGAUUCAAAUAUUCGUAAAUCUAUUGAUCGUGAAAGAAGUGAUUUUAAUGCACUUGAGACAAAGGGUGGAAUGAAUUCAAGAAUAGAGGAACCUAAGACAAAGAAUGAAUACGUUGAUUCCGAUCCAGAAUAUGAAUCCUGUCCAAAAGUUCACAGAGAAGAUAAUGACACUCCAUCUGCUAAAGCAUCAAGUUAUGGUAUGGGUAUACUUGUUCUUAAAUGA